AUGAAUAGACGACAUGACGGCGGUGCCACCAUCAAAACCGGCGGCGGCAGCCUGAAAAGAGCCAUACUAAGGAUAUGGAUUUUCCGGCAGCCAAACGGGUCGUCAAGAUUUUCACUGGGUAAUUUCUUCAGAAACGUGGGGGCAAAAGUGUCGAAAGCCCUACCAGCAAUCUCGGCAGGGAAAAAAUACUCCGGCCAAGUUUCUUCAUCGGCUAGCCUGGCAAAAUCACAGUCGUAUGCAGAAGCAUUUGAUUGUCAGAGGGCUGAGGCAAUCGAGGUUUGUAUCGAGUUCUUGAAUAAGCAGAGAUCGAGUUUGAUUAACAGCUCGUGUUAG